GCUUUGCACUGCGAAACAUGAUGAGUCAAGGACCCCCAACGAUGAUAAAAAUAUAAGGCCUGGUACAAAAUGCUCGUGCUGGACAUCUCUAUACGAGGACACUUUGAAGAUGCAGCUUCGAUCGGCAGCGUCUGUUUUGGUUGUUCUUUUUAAUGUUGUUCCAAGCUUUGAAGCUUUCGGCUUACCUGCAACCCAAGGCCAUAGCAUCCCGAAGAUCAUCCAUCAGUCUUGGAAGGUGGACAAGCUACCUGCCAAGCUUGUAAGAUGGCAGGAAACCAUGAGAGAGAUGCACCCGACCUGGGAGUACAAGCUGUGGACAGAUGAAGCCAACAGAGAGCUUGUCAGGGAACAUUACCCCUGGUUGUUGGAAACGUAUGAUGCAUUCCCAGAAAACAUCAUGCGUGCAGACACUGCACGAGUGCUCUACAUGCAUCAUUACGGGGGUCUUUAUGCGGAUCUGGACUUUGAGGUAUUGAAGCCAUUCGACAAGCUGAUAACAAUGGAGAGCCUCGUCUUGGCGGCAAUGACGGACGAUUUGAGCUUCAACCAUCGCAUCCCGAAUGCAUGGAUGGCUUCAGCCCCCAAGCACCCCUUCUGGAACUUCUGCAUCCAGCAGAUUGUUGCUGCGGCCACACCAUGUGCCUGGCAGCCCAAGAUGAAGUGGUUUGGGGGUGAGGAGAAAAGGAAGUGGGAUUGGGUGGAGGAAGUGACGGGGCCACCUAUGCUGCUGAAGGCCAUGAUGUCUUACAAUGCCUCCGGACUGGGUCCCCUCAAAGUGCUGGCCCCAGGCAUCAUCUACCCCAUUGACUGGCGCCUGACAUCUCAAGACUGGAAGAACUCUGGGAAUGUGCCUGCCAAGGGGCACAGGCCGACAAAGAGGCCAGGACAGCACGAAGUGUGUGAUCCCAGGCAGUCGGGCUUCAGCGAGCUCGCAUGCAAGGCAAAGUUUCCAGAUGCAUAUGCCAUCACCUACUGGAUGCACUCCUGGUGAUCUGGGUGCAGCAACUAUUGACCCACUCAAGAACAGCACAGAAGACUUCAAGACACAAAGGGCUGAGACAAGCUCCACUUGUGUGGGGCCUUUCAUGAUUGCCUUGGGGCAUCAAUCAGAAAUGCCAUGAGAAUCUCUUGGAACUGCAUCGAACUACAUUCACGGAAGAUAUCUUGCAGGUCCUGCAUGCAUGUGGUACUUGUCCGCAAAUUUUUGACAGAUAUGGACUGAAAUUUCUGAAUGUAGUGGAUGCGUAGGUGCAAGUCGGUCAGUUUUGGUAGAUUACUUUUUGUAAUUUCAGGCUGUCUAGGGUGAUAGAGAGAAGUGAGAUUUAAAGAAUUUUGCG